GCUUUGGUUUGUAGUGUCGUAUGCCGCCAAAUUCUGUUUUGUUUUAGGGUAUAAAAAUGGUUUUCAAUUAGUGACAUAUUAACGUGUAUGUUUUCCACUAACGCGGUGUUUUUUCUUUUAUUGUUAUGUUAGUGGUUCUGAAUUAUUUUACUGUGCAUGGGCUGUAACUGGUAAUGUCCAAUUUCUUACAGUCUGUUGACCAUCUUGAAACAACUUGCGGUGAACUUUUAAAAAAUUCAUCUAUUAAUAAAAGAAUAACGAAUAUUUCCAAAUCUAAAGAAAAUAUUUUCCAUCACAAGUACCGCAAAGACCUCAAAAAAAAGUUAAAAAAAUACAGACUGCGUCCAGAUGGUCAGGAAGAUCCAUUAGUUUUGGAUGUAUCUAGAAUUUUACUGACAUCAUUGAGAAUCAAGUCUCCAAACAGUAAAGAGCCAAGUCCAGUGGAAUGUUCUUUUCAAAAUGAAUUAAUACCAAAAAAUUAUCUAUUUAAAAUGGGAAGGCGGAAGCUAAUUCUAAGUAAAAAGACUUCAGAUGCUUCUAAUCUUGCGAUUGCAAAUGAUAAACUAGAUAAAAAUGUUAAUGAUAUUUCUUCAAUAAGUCAAGUAGUUAAAAAAAUUGAUGAUUUAAAAAAUGGCACUGAAACAGAUAACAAUAUUGUAACCAAAAAUAAUAAUGAUUUAUUAUCAAUUAAGGAGAAUGAUAAAAAACAAACUAAUGCAUUUAAGGUACUGAUGGAAUCCAGAAAUAAAAGCAUUGGUAGUAAUUCACCAGGCAAGGAAAAAGUUCUUGAAGAAUGCAAACCCCAAGAGUCUAUUGAAAAGAGAAAUGAAAAAGCUAAAAGAACACUGCUUUUGCAAAAAAUGGCAGAAGCUAAAGGAUCUAUAAAAAAGAAGGAAAUUGAAGAGUACCAAGAUAAGGUCAUUAAAAAGAAAUUGGAGAAGAGAGCUGAAAGAUUUAAAAGUUUAAUUCUAAAAUAUGAUUCAAAAUCUACAUCUGAAGUUAGAAAACAGGAUGUUUUAGAAAAACUAUCAGUGAAAGUUGAUUCCCAGACAGAUGCGGACAAUAAAGCUUUUAAACAUCACAAGAUACAAUUAGUUGAUAUAUUCCAACAGUCUACAGAGGCUACAGAAAAAUCCAAAAUAAAAUAUGUUAUUGAUGAAGAUGUUGAAUUUUUAAAGAAAUUAUCACCAUCAUUGAAAAAACGUGAAAAUAUGCUGUGUUAUUUUAAAAAAAUUGAAAAGGAUAAUAAUAAUGAGAAUGAAGAUGAGAGUGUUGAUAAUGGAUUAAUCAAAGUAAAAUUUACAUCAAAGUUAAAAAAAAAGGCAAAGAAAAAGACAAAGUUAAGCUUAAAUAAACAAGAACAUGAUGAUUUAAUAAAUAUGAAUUGUACAACUAAUUUUGUUGAUAUCAAUCAUGGUUUCACAGAGAAAAAAGAAAAUGUGCUUUCUAAACAAAAUAGUAACACAAGAGAAAAUAAUUGUAUAAAUAUUAAAGAUUCAGAAGUUGAGGUAUCUAGACCACGAAGAAAUAUCAAGAGACCAGCUAAAUAUAUUGAUGAAGUUUUAACUUCUAGUUCUGAUGAAGAACUACAUAUCUUCACUCCAAAGAAGAAAAAACACAUUGAUAAUCAAAAUGAGUUCAGAAGCAAAGUAAAUAAAAACAAAAUUGAAACAAAUUUGUCUUUGGAAGUUAAAAAAGAAUCUAUAGAAUUAGAUACUAUUAAAUCUAAAAAAGUCAAAAUUGAUCGGCAUAAGAAGCCAGCCAAACUGGCACCUAUUUUUAAUGCAAAACCACAAUUGGAUGCAUCAGCACUUGAAGCUAAGCUAAAAUUUUUGCAUAGUGGUGUCCCAGAUAAGUUGAAAAAAGUAGUUGAGAAGCAAAGUGUUAAAAAUACUGAGUUUGAGAUUUUUAAUGCUGUAGUUCAUGUACAACAAAAGAAUCAUGAACCCUUGUGUAUAUUUAAUUUUGACAAAGUGGAUUACACAAAAAACAAUUCUGAUGAUGAUCUUGUAUGUGAUGUGAAAUUUGAUGGUUUAUAUAAAAGCAUUUUGAAACUUGAAAACCAACAGCCAAAAAUUAACUAUAUGAAUGUAGUUCCAACUGAUAUUGACAUACAAAAAGUAUUAUUAGGCAUGAAAAAAUAUUAUCCCAAGUUUCCUGUAUAUCGUACAUAUAGAUUGCUAAAAGACAAAAAUAGAGGAGAAUAUAGAGAUAACAGCUAUCUUGAUCAUGAUAACAGUGUUGAAAUCAUUAAUGGUAUGAGUGAUGUAAAUAUUGAAAGUCCUGAUAGAUUAAAUUGGACUGAUAAAUACAAACCAAUGUCAUCAAAAGAACUAAUAGGUAAUUUUGAAGCAACCAAAGAACUUAAAAAAUGGUUGAUAUCAUGGACUGAAAAUGAUAUUAAAACUAAAAAGCAUGACAAUAUUGAUUCAGAUUCAUCUGAUUUCUAUUAUUCAGAUACUGAUAGCAAAGAUAGUGUCAAAUUUACCAACAAUCUUCUCAUAUUGAAUGGACCAGUAGGCAGUGGUAAAACAUCAAUUGUUUAUGCUGUUGCUACGGAAUUAGCUAUAAAAGUACUCGAAGUAAAUGCUAGUAGUAAAAGAACAGGAAAAAUCAUGUUACAAGAUCUACAAGAAGCAACUCAAUCACACAAAGUUAACAGAGGAAAAACUAGUAGUCAAGAAAAUUCCCAAAAAUGUUCAGAAGUUAUUGAAGUAAAGGUUUCAACAAAACAUAAGAAGCGUGGCCGUCCAAAGAAGCCUUUUCAAAAAUCUAUGAAAAAGAAAGAGAGUGUUGUUAGCAAUGACAUGGCAAGUCAAUCCCAAUCCAGUCAGGAUAAUACUCGAACUUGCAUGUCUCUUAUCCUUAUUGAUGAUGCUGAUAUAGUAUUUGAGCAAGAUGAUGGGUUUUGUUCUGCAAUUGUUCAGUUAGUUCAUUGUUCUAAACGCCCAGUUAUCUUAAUAACUUCAUCCACUUCAUGUCUGCAUUUACAAAGGUUCCUACAAACUGCAAAAAAUAUUAACAUUCGACCCUUGCAACCUAAAAUGUUAGGAAUGUGGUUAGAUAUUAUGUGCUUAGUAGAAAAUAACAAGUGUUUGCCUGGUUUAGGAGCACAACUAUUAGACUAUUUUCAUGGUGAUAUAAGGAAAAGUAUUAAUUACUUACAGUUUUACUUUCCAAAAGAUAAUUUGACCAAUGAUAAUCUCAUACCACAAUGCAAUGAUUUAAAGUUUAAUGUAGAUGAUGAAAAUUCAAGCAUGUCUUGGACAGAUAGAGAAACUAUUGAAGAAAAGAAUGAUGGUGCUAAUUCAAAUUACAUCAAAAUUACAAACAUUUCUCAAUGUCUAUUGUAUGAAAAAAAUAAGUUAUAUGUUUUUGAAUAUCCUGUACAACUAUUUAAGAUAUGGUGGAAUGUGCCUAAUUUAAUAAAUAACAAUCUUCAAGAGCACAAGGCAGUCAAAGAAAUUUCAAAACAAUCUAAUAAAUCUCUAGAAAUAGAAGCACUAUCGAAGACACUAGAUGCAAUUUCUAUAUCAGAUUAUUGUAGAAAAAAACAUUUUAAUACUGACAUAACAGAUUCACCAUGGCGCAGUUUAGAAAAUGGUAGUGUUUCAGAACGGGAGACAUUAGAUAAUUAUAAUAAUAAUGAAAUUAUUGCUGAUGAAAUCACACAUGCACUUGUAACAGGCUCCAUUGUGAAUGCUCAAAAAGCGUUAGCUAUAGACCACAAUGGUAAUUUGGAAUUUCCUGGAAUAAAUGUUAGAAGUAAAGGUCUCAGUUUACAUAAAGAAGAUGAGUUUAGUUAG